CGUCACCAUCACCCUCAUCCUGCACGCCUUCCAGGCUGCUCUGGGCACCGACCGUGACCUGCAGGCGCUCCACGCCGCCCUGCAGAGGAAGCGUCCAGAGGAGCUGGAGCAGCUGAUGGAGGCGGUGACUGACCGCAUGGAGACAGCAGCCUCGACAGCAGAUCUCAGCGCGGCGAGACGAGUUUUGCUGCACAGCAUGGAGAGGCUCCGAGAGAACGUCGCAGGUCCUGGUCCUGCUGAUGGCUGCCCAGAUACUGGAGCUGUUGAGACUUUCACGCUGCCGUUCCCCAAAUGUCACACGUGCUCCUGGGAAAACGACAAUUUUGAUGUUCUGAACGAUGUUCUCAAGAGUGAGUCCGAACUGGACUCACUGCCAGAAUGUUUCCUGAAAAAGGACGAGGACGAUAAUAACGACACCAGUGUGGACGAGGAAGACGAGGUGGAGGGAAACAAAGUGGACGACGAGUUUCAAAACCACCGCAUCUCCACCACAUCCUCCUCCUCGAGAGACUCCGGCUUCUCUCUGUCCUCCAGCUGGUCCGUGGUGUCCACGCCGUCCGGCUCAUCGGGCGUGGAGAGUGACUUCAGCGAGGACACGGCACACGAGGACACAGAGGAAGGACAGGAAAGCCAACCAAAGCUUCGAAAGAAGCCCAAAAAGAAAUCCAGAUCCAUCUUAGGCGUAGAGCGCUUCUCCAUGCUUUUUAAAAAUCCCCGCAGCCCGAAUAACUGCCGGCGCGCUCAGAGUAUGGGCUACCGGAGCGAUUUUACCAAAGACUUUCAAAGAACUGGGUCACAGCUCAAACACUCCAGGUCCAGACACGCUCAUCCUCUGGAUCCGUCCACCGCCGCCCUGGAUCCCCUCUCCCCCCGGAAGCACGUGUGCGUCCGCAGGAGGCCGAUCCUCAGCUGCGAUGAAGGCGAUGUGGCACAAGUGCCCACCCUGGUCAAGGUGGUGGUGUUUGGAGGUGACAGAGAGGCGGGCAGGCUGGCCCGGGCGUACAGCGACCUGCAGCAGAAAGAGAGUAAAUGCCCCCGACUCACCAAGACCUGCAAACUGCAGUUUUACUUUGUUCCCACCAGAAGGAGAACGUCAGGAAGCACAGGAGGAGGAAACACACCGACUGAGGGGACGACAGGAAGUUCAACCAAAAUUGUGGAGAGUAACGGCACUAUAGUGGAGGACAGCACCACCGAUAUCGCCCACAUGUUGGGCAUGAUGGACCCCUGGUACGAGCGUAACGUCCUCAGUCUGCUCAGCCUGUCCUCUGACGUCCUCUGCCAG